UUAAAAGGGCAAUUUAUAAUGCUUUAUUUGAUUAUUUUAAUACACCACCUAAAGCUGCUUUGCUUGCAAGCCUUUUAGAUUCAAGAUUUAAGAAGAUGCGUGGAUGGCCUGAAGAAGUACGACAAAAUGCAAUAUUAUUACUUAAAGAAGAAUAUUUAUUAUUAAAAGAUAAAGAAAUUACUACAAUUAAAGAAAAUACAAGGGAUACAAGAUUUACUUUUCAAACAGGAAGAUUUAAAUCACGAUUAUUUGGAUUUGAAGAAGUAGAUGAAAUAAAUAAUGUUUAA